UUCGGGCUGUGAGGAGCCCGUGCUGGCCGCAGUCGCGGUGCUGGCAGCCCCUGGCCGCGCCGGGCGCGCAGCGGUCGCUCCCCGUGAGGCUGCGGGACGCUGACAGCGCGGUGCUGCUCCGCGGUGCCGGAUCGACGCCGAUCGCUCGGAGUCCACCCUGUGCUGCUCCACGAAGUUCCGCUGUGCGCCAUCCUGCAGCCUUCGUUCUGCGCACGUUGUUGUUUGCGGACAGAACCAUUGACACUGCGUGGUCCCACCGCCUUCAGUCUUCCUUCUCCGCUUCGCCCAUCAGUGCUUUGUCUGAUUUUGGGAUCGUUAGAAAUGGUCGUGUUUCAGGAAGUCAGGAAAACACGCGUUAGUUUAAAAAGGUGCCCCCAAUGCUGAGGUGUGCGCUGCCUCCACCAGAAGCGCUUCGACCUGCUGUGGUUCGGCACGGCGGUGCUGCUCGGUGCUGCUCCGUGUCCUGCACCUGCUGCCUCGUGGCUGUGAGCAGCGCCACGCUGUUGGUUUUUAGAAGAAACGGCGCGCUUUUGGUUCAUUCGUAUGCCUGGCAGUGAGGCUUUGUCUCUACCAGAUCCUGCCCAGAGCUCUCACUUCCUGCGCGCUCCGAUUUCCAGGGAUUGUCUUGUAACCAUCCAGUGCCAUAAAUCAGAAUUGAGUUAUCAUAGCGAUUCCUGUAAAGUGUGAAUAUUUGUGGCUUUGCUCUGUUUCCCGCUGAUAGAGAACAAAGCUCUUGAAUCGCAGCUUCUGGUGGUUUGGGUUGGAGGGGAUGAUCAUUUCCUGUAUAAUUUCUUAGUCAGACCUUAACUAUGCGGCGAAGCUUUUGUUUCAGCUUCUGACUGUGCCGUAGCCCCAAGUGCAGUGUUUAAAUGGCAGAGAGAGCCCCACCUGCCCUCUGUGCCUCUCUUUUUCUAAGAACGGAAUAUUUAUUUGACUCCAUACAAUGCCACGCUUGCAAAAUAUACCCUUAAAAUUAUAGAGGGUGUGAAACCAAGACGUGCCCUGCUAUGCUUAGAAGUGGAUGGACAGUUCCAAGUUGAAGCGAAUCCUCUGGAAGAAAGCACGUUCCUUGAUGGAGGAUGGUCACUCCCUUUUUGAUUAUAACGUUGGACUGAAUGAUAUUGUUCAGCUCUUGGUCAGACAAAGCCCAGCAGUGCUUCCUGCUGUGAGUAAGGAGAAGGAUUCGGAGCUUUCUGACACCGACUCUGGCUGUGGCUCAGGUCAAAGUGAAUCCGACAAAAGCUCUCACAAUGGAGAAGGUGCCAUGGACCUGGAGGGGCAGCCCAGCACAGCGGCACAGUCUGACUGGGCUGACCCAGGAUUUGGCCUCUAUAAGAUCAAUGACUUGGUUGAUGCUCGUGAUAUGAAUAUGGGAGCAUGGUUUGAAGCCCAGGUUGUAAAUGUAACCAGAAGAAAAGCUGCAAAUGGGAGUUGUGCAGUUGCUGAUCAGCAGGCAACCAUUCCUGAAGAAGAUGUAAUAUAUCAUGUGAAAUAUGAAGAUUAUCCAGAGAAUGGAGUUGUGGAACUGAGUUCAAAUGAUGUGCGGUCUCGUGCGCGGACUAUCUUGAAGUGGCAUCAGCUGGAAGUAGGACAGGUGGUGAUGGUCAACUACAAUCCUGAUGAGCCGACAGAGAGAGGUUUUUGGUAUGAUGCGGAGAUCCUGCAGAAAAGGGAAACAAAACUGAUCAGGGAGAUAAAUGCAAAGAUACUACUUGGGGAGGCUGGUGAUUCUUUGAAUGACUGCAGAAUUAUAUUUGUGGAUGACAUUUAUAAAAUUGAAGAACCAGGCAGUGUUUGUCCAAUUAGUGCCAGACCAAUAAAACGACAAAGUGGACCCGUGUGUAAAGCUUGUAAGGACAACCCAGACAAAACCUGCAGGAUCUGCGCUUGCCAUAUCUGCGGGGGUAAACAAGAUCCUGAUAAACAGCUCAUGUGUGAUGAGUGUGAUAUGGCUUUCCACAUCUACUGCCUCAACCCUCCCCUGAGUGCAAUACCAGAUGAUGAGGACUGGUAUUGCCCUGAAUGUCGAAAUGAUGCAAGUGAAGUGGUUCUGGCAGGAGAGAAAUUAAAAGAAAGUAAAAAGAAGCAAAAGAUGGCAUCUGCUAACUCAUCAUCACAGAGAGACUGGGGCAAGGGUAUGGCAUGUGUUGGUCGCACAAAGGAAUGUACCAUUGUACCCUCUAACCACUAUGGACCAAUUCCUGGUAUCCCAGUUGGCACCAUGUGGAAGUUCAGAGUUCAGGUGAGCGAAUCUGGUGUUCACAGGCCCCAUGUGGCUGGGAUACAUGGCAGAAGUAAUGAUGGUGCUUAUUCCUUAGUUCUGGCAGGAGGCUAUGAAGAUGAUGUAGAUCACGGGAAUUCCUUCACAUAUACAGGGAGCGGAGGUCGUGAUCUUUCUGGAAACAAACGUACAGCAGAACAGUCUUGUGAUCAAAAACUCACCAAUAUGAACAGAGCUUUGGCCCUAAACUGCAGUGCUCCCAUCAAUGACAAGAAUGGAGCUGAAGCUAAGGACUGGAGAGCCGGAAAGCCAGUCCGAGUGGUGAGGAAUGUAAAAGGAGGCAAACACAGCAAAUAUGCUCCUGAAGAAGGGAACAGAUAUGAUGGCAUAUAUAAGGUUGUGAAAUACUGGCCUGAGACAGGGAAAUCUGGAUUCCUAGUAUGGCGUUACUUGCUUAGGAGAGAUGAUGAAGAACCUGCUCCUUGGACCAAAGAAGGAAAGGACAGGAUGAAGAAGCUUGGCCUAACAAUGCAGUAUCCUGAAGGGUAUUUGGAAUCCGUUGCAAACAAAGAUAAAGAAAAUAAUGGAGAUGAUGAGUUUGAUACUCCAGGGAAAGGAAAGAGGAAAAGGAAAUCAGCAGGUGCAGAGGAAAAAGUCAUUAACUCUCCUGCAGGGACUCCGAAAAAAACAAAAGUUGAGCCAUACAAAUUAACAUCUCAGCAAAAAUCUCUUAUAAGAAGUGAUGAAGCCAAUGAAAAACUGUGGAAUGAAGUACUGGAUGCUCUCAAAGAUGGACCGAAAUUUCUAAAUAAAGUUGAAGAGGCUUUCUUGUGUAUUUGCUGCCAAGAGGUUGUGUUUCGGCCAGUCACAACUGUAUGCCAACAUAAUGUGUGCAAGGAUUGUUUGGAUAGAUCCUUCAAAGCUGAUGUGUACAGCUGUCCAGCCUGCCGCUACGAUCUUGGCAAAAACUAUACCAUGCGAGUGAAUGAAACACUGCAGACCAUUCUAACUCAGCUCUUCCCUGGAUAUGGCAAUGGACGGUGAUUCUGUAAAGCACUUCUAAUUUUCUUUUGUUCAAACUUAUUAAUGGAUUUUACCUGGGCUUAACUUAAGAAAAGGAAAAAAGAAAAGUAGUUGGUGUUCUCCAAGACCCUUAAAAAACAACAAAAAACACAACCUAUUCCUUAAAAAAAAAAACCCAAAAAUCCCAACAGAAAAAGCGAUCUUCCCGUAUGCUGAUGGCUUUUGUUCUAAAUAUUGAACAUUGUACAAUUUUUCCCCUCUCAAAACUGCCAUCCACCAGCACAGUUUACUAUACAUUUUUUGAAUGGGGAUUUACAAAGUGCUUCCGGUAAGGCUGCUGACAAUUGUGAAAGUUUCUCUGCUUUCUCUGUCCCUUCUCCCCACCUUUUUGUUUUUGUUUUAUUCCAAACAAUGGCUUGGUUGCUAGAACAAUCUUCAACAUUUGGAAUUUGGCCAUAAAAGUAGAUUUGUGUAUCACUUCAGCAGCAUCUUGGUGCUCAGUUUGUAUAAGAUGGUUCCUGGCUUACAACUUCUGUUUUUCUAACACAAGUGGGUGUUUGUUAUUUCUUCAAUAACUGCUUUUAUACCUUUGACAAACUUAUCAAAACCAUUUCCUGCUAACUUUGUAUGUCCAAACAAACAAACUGCUGGCUUUAUAGUCAAGUAGUUAGAGCAAUAUGAAGUACUACCUCAGCUGGACUUCUUAUUAGGGAGCUAUUUGUUCAGCCAGGUGCUGUCUUCUGUCCUGAAAUGCCAUUAUGGAAUAUAGUAAAGCCAUUCUUAAGUGCCUUUUUUUCUUUUUUUGGAAAGACUGGGCCCUGAAUCUUGUUUUCAUAAGCACUGAAUUGUUUAAACCUGCCGACCGGAUUUUGUUCUUUGAGUAAAAUAUAACGCUGUUACUGUAUAUGAUUAGCAUGGAUUUGCAAACUGUCAGGUUUCCUCCUAAUGCUAGGUGUGUGAUGGUAACGUGAAUUUAUAUACAUAUAUAUAUAUAUAUAUAUUAUUUUUUCCCCACUGCAUUUUUACCUAGAAAUGGAGAAUAAUUAAUUUUGACUUUUGGAAACAUUUUGGUUAUUGUAUAUGACACCAAGAAGGCUUUUGUGAAUGGAUUGUCUUUUUCUAACAUAACCGAAGUUUGCAGUUUAAUACCUCAACAGGACAGAGAUGUUUUUAAUCACAUUUGACUGCAGACAGACUGGAACAAACGUGCCUGGUUUUGUUUUUCUUAACUCUUACUCUUUUAAAAUUAUAAUGUUAUUAUGGUAGAGAAAAAUGUUUUAUAGGUUUUUUGCUGAAUUUGUUAAUUUUUGUACAAUGUGCAAAUUUAAGUCCUCAAAAUAAAUAUCUUUUCAGAUGAA